AUGUGCCACACCAGCUGCCACACAGGCGGCCAGGCUGCCUGCUGCUCGCCCAGCCCUUGCCAGUCCUCCAUCUGCCUGCCCAUUUCCUGCCAGUCCCCCGUGUGCCUGCCUGUGAGCUGCAGGCCAGCUGUGUGUGUACCCGUGAGCUGCCAGUCCCCCGUGUGCCUGCCCGUGAGCUGCAGGCCCGCCGUGUGUGUUUCCUCCUCCUGCCAGUCCUCUGGGUGCAUCCAGCCCUCCUGCCCCACCCUGGUCUGCAGACCCAUCUCCUGUGGCAUCCCUUCCUGCUGCUGA